GAAACAGUGAAGACGUUCGAGUUUUACCAUCUUCAAAAUAGAAUGUUACACUUUUUUGUAUCAAUAUAUACAAUAUAAAACAAUUUCACUAUUAAGUCGCCGAAAUAGGAACGAAUUUUUUUAGAGUAAUUGACCAAUUUUCAGCAAUUCUUUCUUAUUAUUUAAAUGGAUCUUCGUGAGCAAAUAAAAAUUGACAUAGAAUGGGGACAUGAGCGUUUGGUUCGCUCCCAACAAGUUGUGGAAAUUCGACCUUAUGAUAAAGAAUCGUGGUCAGUACUAUUGCGGGAAGCACAAACCCGCAAUGUAAAUGAAGUGCGUUCACUUUACGAAUCGUUAGUAAGCGUCUUCCCAACCACAGCUCGCUAUUGGAAAAUUUUUAUAGAACAAGAAAUGAAGGGCAGGAACUAUGAAAGAGUAGAGAAGUUAUUUCAACGGUGUUUGGUCAAAAUUCUCAACAUUGAUUUAUGGAAACUAUACCUAACAUAUGUAAAAGAAACAAAGGCUGGGUUAAGUACGCACAAGGAAAAACUAGCGCAAGCCUACGACUUUGCUCUAGAAAAAAUCGGAAUGGACUUGCAUUCGUUUUCAAUUUGGCAGGACUAUAUUAACUUCUUAAAGGGAGUUGACGCUAUUGGAAGCUACGCAGAAAAUCAGAAAAUAACGGCUGUUCGUAGAGUCUACCAGAAAGCUGUUAUAACGCCUAUAAUUGGUAUAGAAUCACUUUGGAAAGAUUACAUCGCCUUUGAACACAACAUAAAUCCAAUUAUAUCGGAAAAAAUGAGCGUUGAAAGAUCAAAGGACUACAUGAAUGCGAGGAGAGUAGCCAAAGAAUUAGAAAUCAUCACUAAAGGACUUAACAGAAAUUUGCCAGCGGUGCCACCGACUUUAUCGAAAGAAGAGUCAAAACAGGUGGAUAUUUGGAAGAAAUUUAUUGGGUUUGAGAAAUCGAAUCCAUUACGCUCAGAGGAUACUGCACUUAUAACUCGCCGAGUGAUGUUUGCAACUGAAGAAUGUUUGUUAGUUUUGACACAUCACCCAGCUGUUUGGCAUCAAGCUGCUCAAUUUCUAGAUCAAAGUGCAAAAAUUUUAGCCGAAAAAGGAGAUAUACAAGCAUCUAAAGUAUUUGGUGACGAGUGUGCGAACAUAUUGGAGCGAUCCAUUAGCGGUGUUUUAAACAAAAACGCCCUACUGUAUUUUGCUUAUGCGGAUUUCGAAGAAGGCCGAAUGAAAUACGAUAAAGUCCAUCAAAUGUAUAACAAAUUUUUGUCCAUACAUGACAUUGAUCCCACCCUUGCUUAUGUGCAAUACAUGAAAUUUUGCCGCCGGGCUGAAGGAAUCAAAUCCGCAAGAGCUGUUUUCAAAAAAGCUCGAGAGGACGUUCGCAGUCAUUAUCAUGUUUUUGUUGCUGCUGCCCUUAUGGAGUAUUAUUGUUCUAAGGAUAAGGAUAUCGCAUUUAGAAUCUUUGAAUUAGGCCUUAAACGUUUUGGUGGGAGUCCUGAAUAUGUGAUGUGCUACAUUGAUUAUUUGUCGCAUUUAAAUGAAGAUAAUAACACAAGAGUGUUGUUUGAAAGAGUUCUUUCAUCAGGCGGUUUGACACCAAGUGCAUCAGUUGAAGUUUGGAAUCGUUUUCUUGAAUUUGAAUCUAACAUUGGAGAUCUUUCAAGUAUUGUCAAAGUAGAGCGGAGAAGAAGUGCAGUAUUGGAAAACUUACAAGAGUACGAAGGGAAAGAGACAGCUCAGCUUGUGGAUCGCUAUAAGUUUUUAGAUUUGUAUCCAUGUUCUAGUAUAGAACUUAAAUCAAUAGGAUAUACCGAGACUAAUGGUAUUAUAAGUGGAAAAGCUAAUAUAACUGCUCAAAUUGAACAAGUGGAUGAACAAGUCGUUAAUCUUCCUCGUCCAGACUUCUCCCAAAUGAUUCCAUACAAACCAAAAUCAAAUGCUUAUCCUGGAGAGCACCCGCUUGACGGUGGCACAUUCCCCCAACCGCAGGCGUUGGCGUCAUUGUGUUCACAAUUACCCCCACCCAUUUCAUUCCGUGGGCCAUUUGUUGCCGUGGACAUGCUUUGUGAUAUUUUUAAUCGCAUACAACUACCCGACGUUCACCCAACUCCUUCAGGCGAUCAUAACAGUGAUGUUCGUCUUUUCGAUUUAGCUAAAUCAGUACAUUGGAUUGUUGACGACAGCACAUAUUCUGGGGAAGCAGGUUUAAAGAGAAGACGAAUGCUGCCAGGUGGAGAUGAUAGCGAUGAUGAAGGACAAGCUCUAGUCCCACCUGCUAACGAUAUAUAUCGAUUGCGACAACAGAAACGAUUUUCCAAAUAAAUAAUUCCAACAAAAUAUUAA